UUUUGUAAUCUUUACAAUUUAUCAUUUUGUAAUCUUUAAGCCACAUUUAUGAAAACAUAGCCAAGAAAAUGGAAUGACUUCAAAGAUACAAAUAUAUAAUUAGAUAAGGGCUGUCACAAGCUUAAAAUUUAAGUUCAGUCACAGUUAUAAAACUGCAAAAUGUUAGAUUAGUAAACAAUGAACAUUAAUUGCUUCAAUGAUUUCUUAUUGUUUCAGUAUGUUGACUGGUGGCAAAAUGGACGUCAGCUAUCAAUUAAUUCCAACACAAGCCAUGUGUCAUCUGCAACAUAUGAAAGUACCCAAUCAUCUGUUGAAAGUUUACAGCAACACUUCUCUAAACAAAUGCAGUUUAAGACUCAACAAGGCAGUAGAGCGAAAAAGGAAACAACGAAAGCUGCUCAAAGGAAGGUGAGGACACCAAGGCCUAACAGUCCAAGAUGUCAGAGCCGCCAGCCUGAGCUUGAUAUUAAAGAUCAAAUCCUGAUUGGGUCACUGGAAACACUUAAUGAUAUUGUUCUUGAAAAUAUCCUAUCAAAAGUGAAUCUUGAAGCAAUAAUGUUCAUCGACUUGGACAACAUCGGCAAAUUUUUUGAGUUAUUGCCUAAACACUUGCCAGAGACUUUGUACAUUGUUGGCUUCAACGGAGGGGACAAGAACUGGAAAGCAUUGCACAGUGUAGCACUUCAGCAUCAUGUACAAAAUGGUUUAUUUGCCCUUGUUCGUUGUGGAACUGACAAAGAUGCAGCAGACAAAGACCUUGUAACACUGGCACAAAACAUUGACAGUGCAAUAACAGACCACCACAAAACUUUUUUAAUUGUUUCUAAAAAUUGUGGAUUCUACACAUGCAUUAAAAAUGUGAAAAGAUAUGUACAGAUUAUGGAUCCCAGGCAAGAGCCUCUUCAAGAAAAUAUCUACCAUAUCGUGAUGAAUCAUUUAAAAUGGCAUCGAAAGAAGCAGUAAAACCUGUUCUAUGACAAUGUGAUAUAUAAGGGACCAAAAUAAUUAUCAAUUAAACCAUGUUGUCACAUUAUUUUCAUUUAUUUUCAGGCAGAAAGAAUUGACAGUAGAAUACCUCAAAGUAUCACUUUCUUUAUACUAUCUGGGGAUGGUGGAUUUUUCAACUUCAUUCAUACAGCAAACAGACAUGUUCAGAUACAAAAUCCACAUAAGACCUUAGUUAAAGAA